AUGUAUUUAAGUAAGGAUUUCUUUGAUAUUCAUAAAUUUUUUCAUAUAUGUGUGCAAUUGCUUUUUCAGACGUAGGUAUUCAAAUUUAUGACAUUAAAACUAGAACUUACGUGUACGUUUUAAACAGCUCAGACGUAGUAUGUGAUGAUUACGAAGUAAAAGGUAUUGAUGGGAUACAUUUUCAUAGAGACAGUAAAGUAAGUACGCAUGUAAUUAAUGGAAAUUCUAAAAGUUUGCUUUAAAUUUUAGUGCGGAUAGACCGUAAUAUUCUACAAACUUAUGGGAAAAAUAUAAAUGCCGACAUUGUCGGCAAUUUUUAUAUUCUGUAGCAGAUUACGCUUCGUUUUUUUUUAUAAAAAUUUAACUUUUAUUCCAUAUUUCAGUUUAUCGGUUACAAUAAGAAAAAGAACAAUUGGGAAGAAAUGGGAAAGUGGCCUUAUGAAAACCGUCUUUUGGCGCAGUUUAUAAAUCUUCGAUUUCUGACGUUGGCUACAAUAGAUCGUGUUGAAGAAAAAGGAGCUGUAACUUUGACGCAUUUUGACUGGUCUUCAGGUAAAACUAAUUCGUAGAAUUAAUUACUGAGUUCAUGACAAAAUAUAAAAAUGAACCUGACAGUAACUUCAAUUUUAAGGUCAUCUCACCUGGAAGAAGUUUCAACCUAUAAACUCCAAUGCGAUGGGCUUUGAUUACCUUAUACUAAGCGACAUUGAGAUUAUCGAAAGUCCGAUUACAGAGUGGUCCAUUAAUGAUGUGCGGAGCCAGUAUGAAACCAUAAUUAACUUGUUGACAAAUUAUUCUCGUGUUUCUGCCUUACAGUUCUAA